UGUAGGCUAUGGUCUUUGUUAGACAAACGCUGUGGGAAAGAAUCUUAUAUUAAGGGCAAUCGGCAAACCGAGCCAAGGCUUCUUGAUGUAUUGAAGGCUCAUGCUUCAAUCUAGGUAAAAAUUGCUGGAAGUUGAUGGAAAUGUUUGCACACAGGCCGCGCUGCCUCUCGGCCAGGGCCUCUGCUUUUGCAGCAGUGCUUUGUCUUGAGUUUCUCAGUCGCCAUGCUGAGGCACUAUCGGGAGCCUCAUGGAGGGAUCCUUUUGCUCCCAUUGAUCCCCAAGUCUGGGUAAACCCUGAUGACAUGACCUGGGAUGAUUUCAAGGCGCCGCCCGGUACUCAAUGGAACGACGUGACAAAGAGAGGCUCAAGUCGCAACUUCAACAUUGCUUUGAUCGCAGUAGACUAUAGCGACGAGACUUUUGUUGUCACCCGAGAGCCCAAUUCGACUGUGUUACCGACAGUAUCUGGCCUCGGUAGAGGAGACGUACCUGCGUACUAUCGCGAUCUGCUCAACAAGCCUACCGAUCUCAACCGCGGGCACACAAUGCAUGAGUAUUGGAUGGAAGAUUCUCACGGCCGAUACGGUGUCGAUUUGACAUCGUUUGGGCCGUAUCGCAUGCCUGCUUUGUCGUACCAGUACGGCGUCGACGAUGGCUUCAACCCCGGAGCGUGCCCUACAAACAGCACUUGUAACCGCGAUAUCCGAACAGAUGCUUAUGCAGCGUGGCGAGCAGAGGUGGGAAAUAGUACGAGCAACUCGUUUGAGCUCGUCUUUAUCCUCUCGGCCGGACAGGACGAGUCGUCAACAUGGCAAGAGUUUGGCGAGAUGAGAUUCUCGUCGCCGGAGGAUGUUCCUGACGCAUUUGGACCUCCGAAGAACACCAACGGCUCUUCGUCGCUGCCAAACUAUGCUUCAACUCGAUAUGUUCCCUGGACGUCGUGGGCAUCGGCAUCUACCAUUUGGCCCAACGCGGGGGGCGGUUCAUCGACUCAAUGCGAGAGUUCGGGAAUGGGAACCUAUGCUCAUGAGCUCAGCCAUCUGUUGAAUAUCGGCGACAAUUAUAACAACCCGUAUGGUAUUCCUCUGCGGCGAGAUUAUACCGGGCCAUACUCGAUGAUGUCUCGGGGAUCGUUCAAUGGCCCUGGUGGCCCUCAUACACGGUACCAAAUACCGGCGCUGCAAGGAGGCUCAAUGGGUUCCUUGCAUACGGUCAGAGACAAGCUUGUCCUAGGACUCAUCUCCAACGAUACUAUUGUUCGCAUAUCGAGAAAUGCUUUGGCAGAAUCAGGCCCGGUAGUGGCACAAAUUACCGCUCGAUCAGUCGUAUCCGAGCUCAUUGGUCUGAGGGUUGAUAUGAAUCGAGAUCUAUCUCCUGCAUGCAACGUUUCUACCGACGUCCUUUGCGAUGGAGGCAGCUAUAAUACCUAUGAUGUCGAGGUUAUUGAUAGGAUGGGCGCAGAUUCAUUCCAACCAGACUCGGGUGUCAUGAUAAGCAAGACGAGGAAUAGCAAUACCCAGCCAUUCCAGUGGACCAUUGAUGCGAAUCCUCAGGAUAUCAAGCUCGUUGAUUUUAUCCGGCCCAAUGGCACAGCGGCCAUGAUUACGAUGGGCGACUAUCGCCAACUAGCCGACGCGUUAUUCCACGCGGGCACCGGAUCUGGCAGCAAAUACGAGUUUGUGGACGAGGCCAACGGCCUUCACUUUUACAUCUUGGACGUCCACAGGGAUGAAGCCGGCGUGCUUUCCUAUACCGUGGGCGCGAGAUCUCUCGCUGACGCUAGCUCAAGCGAAUACGGGAUUCGGAUGACUUCCGGCGCACCACUUGCGCACGACAAGAUGAAGAGCAGUUCCAUCACGGGGGGCAUCUUUUGCGAAUUCGAACUCACCAAUAACAGCACAUAUUCCGGUUCUAGCAAAGGCCAUGCUCAAGUUCUAUCAGAGCACCUUGAGUGGGAUAUUUUCCGUCUGGAGGCUGAUAUCAAGGGAGCUGGUUGGAAGGCGGCCUUGCCAAAUGCCGUGAUUGCACUGAGACACGGACAAGCAGCAAAGGCCUACGUGGCGGUGCGAGCGGAUAUUCACGCGAAGGAUGCUGUUGGGAUGGUGAAGCUGACGGCUACGUCGGAGUCGGAUCCAACGGUGAUGGCAACGUCGUUUUGCAAGAUCGACAAGCACCGUGUAGAUGAGCGGCUCGUAUUGAAUUGAUGAAAGGUUAUAGGAGCGUUUGAGGGUUUAGAUUAUUUGUAAGGAGGUAUUGCUACCCAGGGUAUGAAGUAUAUAAUUAAGCUUGUAUGACUGCCGCAGAUUUCAACGGUGUCUGGAUACAGGCAUCUACGUAAUAUGAUGCUUGGUUGAGACCACUACCGCAAGGAGAGCAGAACUGGCAGUGCUGCUUUUCUUGAUGCCACCUCCUGAGCAUGAUGGCGGUCAACGAGUCGGUGGCUGUGUGGAGCAGCAGAUGAUGCAUGUAACCUGUUGAUUUGGGUUAGAAAGAGGAGGCGUCGAAGGGAGGGAGCAUGUCAUCGGCCGGAGAGACAGUUUCGGUGAUUUUCCUAUCGCUGGUGGCACAGCAUACGAGUUUCAUGAUGAUCAGUUAUUACUCAUUUUUUGUGGAUGAAAAAAAAGUCAAAGUUCUUGUCA